AUGAAUGCCUUCCUGAGCGAAAGGUAUCGGACAUUGGAAGCCAUCGAAGAUAUGAAACCGACUCAGGCAGUUCCAAAAAGGCUUCAAUCCUUCGAGACAAAGGUCAGCACCAAACAGAAAGGGUGUGACUUAUGUUCUAAGGAGAACCAUCCGCAACCUCCGAGACCCUCCAGCAGAAAUGAAUCGGCAAGCACCUCAGCGGUGCAAACUUUUUUCGCGUCCGGCACUUCAGCCGUCCUACUGAGCACAGCGAUCAUUGACGUGUGCCAUUUGGGGACGAACUACCGAGCCCGAGCCUUAAUCGACUCGGGAUCCGAGGCGACGUUCAUUUCAGAACGCCUGUUCAACCUCAUCAAGUUGCCAUUCCGCAACACCCAGACCCAAGUCUCCGGGUUAAAUCAUUCGGUCUCCGCGAAAUCCUCGAAGCUGUGUCACUUCGGGAUUCGCUCUCCUACUAAGCCAGGUCUACAGUUAGACACUGAAGCGUACCUCCUUCCGGAGCUCUCAGGCAAACUGCCCUCCUAUCCUAUCCCUCGGAAUUCUUUGAAGGACCUGCCCGCACUCCACUGGGCAGAUCCUACCUUUUUUGAGAGCUCUCAAAUUGAUGUACUGAUCGGGGCUGACAUUCUACCAUCCAUAAUGAUGGAUGGCACCCGACAAAAUAUUUGCGGCUCGCUCCUGGGCCAAGAAACUAUUUUCGGCAAGUUCUGGGAGGUGGAGGAUCUACCAGUAAAGAUGGUAAAAGAGUCGGACUCCUAUUGUGAAAGGAACUUCCUCCAAACAACAACAAAAGACGCAAGCGGGAGGUACGUGGUGACGGUCCCGUUCCGGGACCCCGAGAAUACCGGAUCCGAUUUAGGAUAUUCAAGGUCCAUUGCGUUAGCUCAGUUUCUUAGAAACGAAAAUCGUUUAAAAAGAGACUUUCCCUUAAAAGAGCAAUAUGACAGCGUGAUCCAGGAGUACCUGGAUCUGGUUACCUUCGGGGUCAACUGCGCCCCCUUCCACGCCAUUCGAGUCUUGCAACAGCUGGCAGAGGAUAUCCAAGUGCCAUUUCCAAAUGCCAGCCGCAUCAUCCAGCAGCACAUGUACGUCGACGACGUUCUGGCAGGGGCGAAUUCCGUAAACGAAGCCCGAAGUUCGAUUCGAGAGUUGCAAGCAGCCCUAAGUGCCUCCGGGUUUCCGCUAAGAAAGUGGACCUCGAACAACAAAAGCGUCCUUAAAGACGUCCCGGUCGAAAACCUCCUUCAUAGCGAGUUCCUCGACAUCGAUGCCGAAAGCACGGCCAAGACGCUCGGUAUUCGGUGGAGGGCAAGGUCCGACGAAUUCUAUUUCGUUCCCCCCGAAAUAGUUGUGGAACCCUCCUAUACAAAGCGAGAAGUUUUGUCCCAAAUCGCUAGGUUGUUCGAUCCUGCCGGGUGGCUCGCGCCGUUCAUAAUCCGUUCAAAAAUGUUCAUGCAGGAGAUUUGGUUGCAGAACUUAGGCUGGGACGAUAAGCUUCCCACUGAAAUGAGUCAGCGGUGGCAAUCGAUUUUAGAGGAGUAUUCCGACCUCAACCAGAUCCGCGUUCCGAGAUGGAUCUGGUACCAGCCUGAGGUAAUCAUAGAGCACCACGGUUUCCGUGACGCGUCUCAGAGAGCCUAUGGAGCGGCUAUAUACAUCAGUGUCGAGAUGGGGCAAAAGAUCCUGACUCGCCUGCUUACAGCCAAAACACGAGUGGCCCCGGUAAAAACCGUCUCACUUCCUCGGCUAGAGCUCUGUAGUGCCGUGCUGUUAACCGAAAUGGUGACAGCAAUCCUUCCGCACAUGCCCUCCGCCAGUUCAGAUAUCCGCUGCUGGACAGAUUCCACAAUCGUCUUAGCCUGGCUACGAAAGCCUGCGUGCAACUGGACCACAUUUGUGGCCAACAGAGUUGCCAAGAUCACGCAGGCGACGCCAGUCGACUGUUGGGCACACGUUCGCUCAGAACAAAACUCCGCCGAUCUAUCCAGUCGAGGCGUAUCCCUACAUGAAUUGGCAGAAAACCAUCUCUGGUGGCACGGACCAGAGUGGCUGCAAGGGCCACGAGAGCUAUGGCCAGCACAAAGCGACACUCUUCCAGUGACAGAGCUAGAGCAGCGCGCGGUCAAAGUGCAUUUUGUCAAGGCCCCGUCCAUCGACUUUCUCGAACGUUUCUCCAAAUUGGACAAGUCCCUGCGAGUUCUGGUCUAUGUUCAACGCUUCCUUAAACGCUGCCGCAAAGGUUCGUUCUUGCCCAAUUCACGCCCUACAAGUGAAGAGAUCCGAGAGGCAGAACGAACUCUGACCUCCAUUGCGCAGCGCAGAGCAUAUGGCCAAGAGCUUCAGCAUCUGACCGAGAAAAGGCCUCUUCCAGUGUCAAGUCCUUUGGUGAAUUUGUUCCCGUUCAUUGACCAACACGGCCUUUUAAGGGCGUGCGGCCGUCUCACUGCCUCCAAAACCCUGCAAUAUGAUGAACGUCAUCCGAUUAUUCUCCCCUAUGACUGUAGACUGUCGCGCCUCAUCGUCCAAUUUACUGACCAGAUUACCCUUCAUGGCGGUAGUCAAUUGAUCGUACGCCUGAUCCGAUCGAAGUAUUGGAUUCCUAAAAUCAAGAAUCUGGUGAAGGCUGUGGUCAAUCCGUGUAAGAUUUGCACGAUUUACAAGAAGAGACUCCAAACACAGCUGAUGGGCGAUUUCCCGACAGAUAGAGUCUCCUUCUCGAGAGCGUUCACCUACACGGGUAUCGACGAGAGAGUCCUCCGUUCCUAG